AUGUUCAUUACGGUGGUUCUGAGUUUCCAUCUUCAAAACCAGUCCAAAGAUCAGCCCGAGGCGGGUCGCUCCAAUCGUCCCGGCCACAUCGAUCCCAACCUUGGCGCCGUCCCUAGGAAAGACUACUUGCUCUCCCUUUUACCGGAGUAUACUAAGGAUGCACUCGGUGUGACCACGGACAACAAUCCCAAUGCAUCCUUGGUAAUGACUCCACUUCCAUUUGCAAUGCUAUCGCCUCAGGCCAAGGCAUUUGCAUGGACAAUCAACGACCCAAUCUUCGACUCUUAUGAACCAUGGAAGCUUCAGCAGAGAUUUGCGCUGGCAUGUUUCUACUAUGCUACAGGAGGAGAAACAAGCUGGAAUUCUAGGGAGAAUUGGUUAUCCUAUAAUCCUAAUGUCUGGGAGGAGCACUGGUUCUCGAAAACCUAUCCAACUCCUGAUCAUCAUUGGAUUUCAUGGCACAGCCUGUACCCUUUGGUGGUGGAAGAGCCAAGCCAGGAAUUCAAUCAUCUUUGGCUCAUCCAAAAUGGUUUGCAGGGAACUUUACCUCCGGAGUUGUUUCUCCUGACAUCUCUGAGGUCACUAGAUCUCACAUUGAAUCCAUUGUUGGGUGGAACCAUACCAUCAGAGAUUGGGAACCUUCAUCGAAUGGAAAUUCUAAUGUUCUUGGACAGUACAAUGACCGGGGAGCUACCUACUGAGCUGGGCCAACUCUCCAAUCUACUGGGCCUCUAUGCACAGAGUAACUAUUUUCAUGGGGGUAUCCCAUCUCAAGUUUCAUUACUGCAAGACUUGAUAGUUCUUGAUUUGGCUUCUUCAAAUCUUUCAGGACCCAUUCCAUCUGAACUGGGUUUGAUCUCUCCCUUGGGCAUUUGGCUUGAAGAGAAUGAGCUAGACUCUCACAUCCCUACAGAAAUUGGCCUCACCAAGACUCAGCUUUUGAGUAUCCAUGGUAACCUUCUCACUGGAACAAUUCCUUCCCAACUUGGGAUGCUGCUGGAUGACCCAUGGUUGUACAAGGAUAAAUAUGCAACUCUCAUGGAAAAGAAAGCGCCCAAAGUUGGGGUGGACUUUGUCUUGGACAUUGUUGUACAUGUGUUGGAUGUGGGAUUCACAGGAGUCAUGAUGCAUCAAAACUUACUGACGGGAUCAAUUCCAACCGAAUUGGGGACAUUUUCAGAGGGGGAAGUGCUGAACCUUGCUCAAAACUCCCUGACUGGAGCUAUCCCAAGUGAGCUUGGCUUACUGUCUAACCUACUCUGGCUGGGUUUGAGUGAAAAUCAGCUGUCUGGUCAGAUUCCUUCCGAAGUGGGUUUGCUGUCUAAUCUCAAAUACCUACUUCUGCAUCAGAAUCCUCUUACAGGAUUGCUACCAGACCUGGGGUCCCUGGUAAGCCAUGGGAACUUGGGUGGCAUAACCAUCAAUGCAACUGGUAUCACAGUGAGGGACUUUGUGGCUGUGACUGGUGUCCAUGUGCUGGCAUAG